AUGGCACUCUCACUGCCGAAGAUCGGGAUCCUCUCCAUCGGAGACAUGGGCAUGGGCAUCGCCAAGUUGCUCGUCUCAAAAGGCUUCUCGGUCGCCACGAACGGGGAGGGUAGAAGAGCGCGCAACGCCAAUGUCGAGAUUCUAAACUCGGACAUCCAUCUGGUUCAGUCACGUCCCUUCAUCUUGUCCGUCGCACCGCCCAGAGACGCCCUUAGCAUCGCGCAACGCAUCGUCCACGCCACCAAAGCGGCAAGACUCAAGAAGCCGCUGUACUUCACUGAUCUCAAUGCUGUAUCACCGGCCACGGGCAAGCGAAUGGCCGGCAUGCUCGACGAGGCCAGAAGCCCAGUGCGCUUCGUCGACGGUUGCAUCAUCGGCGGUCCACCGAAGUUCAGCGUCGGUAGCGGGGUAGCGGGGUUAUGGUACGUCCCCAGUAUGCCGGCCUCCGGACCAUAUCCACUGGGCGAAGCAUGCCCCGAGCUCGCCGAGACGCUGAAUAUGCGACACAUUUCCCCCGAGAUCGGCGCAGCUAGCGGGCUGAAGAUGUGCUUCGCGACCGUGACCAAGGGCUUCAUGGGCCUGGGCAUCAAGGCCUUCACCACCGCUUCCAAGUUUGGUGUCGUCGACGAGCUGAGAAAGGAGAUGCAGGAGGCCGCGCCUGGCUUGCUUGACUUUGCUGAAAAGUACAUCCCGCUGGUCCCGCCCAAGUCUUACCGAUGGGUGCGGGAGAUGGAAGAGAUCUCCGACACGCACCGUGCCGAAGGCGGGUUUGAGACUGAGAACGACGUCUUUCGCGCCAUGGCGGAGUUGUAUCGCAUCAUGACCGAGGACCCCGUUCUGGGUGCAGAGAAGGUUGAGGGCAGGAAACGCGGGGCAACGGUCAGCGACCUCGCCGCGGCGUUGGCGGAGGGGGUUGCCAACCGGAAGAAGUAG